CAAAUACAUCUUAUUCAUUUUGGAACGGAGCGAUCGAUUUUUAUUUAACGUAUACAAAGCAGGAACAUUUUGCAGAUCCUAUUGUUACUAUUUAACUGAAGGAAAACAGAGCAAAAAAUAAUUCCUUAUUUUUAUAGUCUUUAAAUUUGCGUUUGCUUAUGUCGUGUCUCAAUAAGAUCUCGCGGGUGUCAGCGCCUGCAGAAUAGCAACCAAUUUUUAGGCGCGUAAAGUAGGAUUGCUAUUACGCAGGCGUGCAUUUUGGGUUGCAGUACUACAGGCGUCUUAUAGCCUCAGUGGUCAUUUUAUUAUUAAUAACAAGUCACCUUGUUAGUUUCUAGAAUGUCCGCUACGAGUCUCCACUGUUUUUGAUGAAAAAAUGAGGAAGUAGUAUAACUCAAUAAUAGAUGAACCAUCGUUUCGAGUUGAAUUUUGAAACGCAAGUCUUUGGUGGAUUAAAUUAAUUUAUAAUAUAAUUUAACGGAACUUAUAAAUGAACAGAACUUCUUAUUUGUAAAACUGUUCAACUCUGGACUAAACAGAUUUUUAUUUUUAAAUAGUAUUUCAUGUAAAUUAAACAAAGUCUCUAUUUUCAGAUAAUGUUAAAAUAUGAGUACGGUUAAUUUUACAAAAAUGAAAAGGAGAUAUUACUAGAUACGACUGUACAAAUAGAAUUGCAUCCGAACAAUUAUUUUUGACAAAUAUAGGAAAUUUAAUUCGUAGAUAUCGGCACAAAACGUUCUUUUAAAAAUACUAUUUUAUUGAGUUAAACAUUAAAAUUAUUAAAUUUAUUAUACAUCACUAUUAUCACUAUUAUUAUAAAUUAAUGAAAAAAACUACGGAAGUCUCCUUAGUUUAUAAUAUAAUGGCGAUAUUUUUAGAUCUAGAGAGCAGAAAUUUCUCGAGCUGCCGUAGCUUUUUCGGCGAAAUGAUUAAUUAAUCCAUCAGAAGUUUAAUCGUGCAGAUAGACGAUGUUAAAAGUCACCGAGGAGAAAAGAGAGAGAGAGACAGAGAAGGAGACUGAUGGAGAGUAAUGAAGAUCGCGGCAAGUGUUUACUGCGAUCUCAGAUAACGCUGAGAAACGGUCGAACGACUGAUAGGAAGAUGAUGAUGCCGAGAGGGAGGGGGUGGGGCAGGACGGUGGACGUCGACCCAUGAAAUCAACCGUCUUUCUUGUCAUCUUCUGUUUAUCUGUCUUGGUUUUGCCAUCGACGGGAGGGUCGGGUAGUCCGCAGGCUGUCGUUGUGAAGCGAUUGAUCGAUGCGACGAGCGGAUCGAACGUCGGGGAACAUGUCUCUGCGAAAGUCCAGGCGGGACUCGGACUUCGUUCUGUCGCAUGUCGGUCAUAAGGAACAUCUCUUCAAGCUCCUCGUCAUCGGCGACUACGGUGUCGGCAAAACCGCGCUGGUCAGAAGAUACACCGAAGGGAAGUUCUCUUCAAAUUACAAGAUUACCAUAGGCGCCGAUUUUGCGAUAAAAACGCUCGAUUGGGAUCCGCACACUAAAAUAAACUUGCAGCUAUGGGACAUCGCCGGCCACGAGAGAUUCGGAUACAUGACGCGAGUCUAUUAUAAAUACGCAGUGGCCGCGGCUCUUGUAUUCGACAUCUCCCGCGCAGCGACCUUCCAAUCGAUGAAGAAAUGGCUGAACGAUCUUCGGGAAAAAGUCACGCUGCCGGACGGUGCGGACAUACCGAUCGUACUUCUGGCGAACAAGUGCGACGUAUCGGUCGCAGUCACCAACGAACAAAUCUCGAAAUUCUGCAAGGAGAGCAGGAUUGACGCCUGGUACGCGACUUCCGCCAAACAGAACACCAACAUCGAUGCAGCGAUGCACUAUUUGGUGGAGAAGGUAUUGAGCGCGAGAAUCGAAAACGGUAUACGUGACUCGAUCCGGUUACGACACGAGUCUCCACCGAAGCGCGAGAAAUUUGGCUGUUGCAAGUAGAACGACGGGCUUCGAGAUUGUCCGAGAUGCACAUCAACGAAACGCAACGCGAAAGGAACAACGACGAUGGAGAUAAUAACCGAGAAAUCGUUACGACGAUCGUCAUGAGAAAGGAAAUGCCACACGAUGGCAGAAAGAGACUGUACAAAUUGAGCGAUUUUAUAAAUUGCAAAAAUUUAUGAAUAUUAUCGUUGCACGAUAUUCUUUACUGUUGGUCCUUAUUUAUUAUUGGCAAAUGCCUUAUAACUUUGCAAUUCCGCCAUAAUUACAUGAAAAAGAUAACUACGACGUUUUAUGAUAAUUAUCAUUCUAAUUAUGUGAAUCGUAUCUUGUGGAGAAUUUUUAGCGCGUGUCAACAAUCAGUAAAGAGUAAUUUUCAAGAUUCUCGGCAUACCGCAAGACUCGAAUAGCAAUGACACACGUCAACACGCGCGAAUGAAUAAUUUAUAGAACAUUAUUCUGUCAUGGUAAACAAGUUACGAAGAUUAUGCAAAUAUACUCGAGAACACAGACUA